AUGCCAGACAUGCAAGCACAGCCUGCUGGCGUCAGUGACCCCGCCGUCGAGAACAAGAUCAUCAACGAAGAGUACAAGGUCUGGAAGAAGAACGCCGUCUUCCUCUACGAUGUCAUCUACAGCAGAGCCCUGGAAUGGCCCACCCUUACAACCCAGUGGCUGCCCGAUGUCCAGUCUCUGCCCGACAAGAACUUCUCCACCCACCGCCUCCUGAUUGGAACACACACUUCAGGCGCCACACAGGACUACCUCCAGAUUGCCACUGUCGACCUGCCCAACAAGCCCGCCGUCAACCCAAGUGACUACGAUGCAGAGAAGGAGGAGAUUGGCGGCCACGGUGCUGCCAAACAGCCCAUCUCUUUUAAUGUCAUUCAAAAGAUCAACCACCCCGGCGAGAUCAACAAGGCCCGCUACAUGCCACAAAAUCCCGACCUCAUCGCGACCAUGACCAUCCAGNGAGACGCUCUCGUUUUCGACCGCACAAAACACUCGUCCAUGCCAAAGACGAACCAGGUCGACGCCCAGAUUGAGUUGAAGGGUCACGAGAAGGAAGGCUUUGGUCUCGACUGGAACCCUCACUUUGAGGGUCAACUGGCUACUGGUAGCGAAGACCAGACUGUCCGCGUUUGGUAUGCUCGUCGCCUUUUGCUAUGA